AUGUCGAAGACGAAGACGUCGAAGAUGAAGACGUCGACGACGGAAACGGGGAAGUCGAAGACGAAAAACGAAGGAGUCGAAGACGAAGAAAACGAAGACAUCGAAUUCGAAGACGACAGCAUCGAAGAGGAAGAAGUCGAAGAGGAAGAAGUUAAAGAAGACGAAGAAGUCGAAGCAGUCGAAGAAGACGCAGAAGUCGAAGAGAAAGAAGUCCAAGAAGACAAAGAAGUCGAAGAGGAAGAAGUCCAAGAAGACGAAGAAGUCGAAGACAAAGCAGUCGAAGAGAAAGAAGUCCAAGAAGACAAAGAAGUCGAAGAGGAAGAAGUCCAAGAAGACGAAGAAGUCGAAGACAAAGCAGUCGAAGAGAAAGAAGUCCAAGAAGACAAAGAAGUCGAAGAGGAAGAAGUCCAAGAAGACGAAGAAGUCGAAGACAAAGCAGUCGAAGAGAAAGAAGUCCAAGAAGACAAAGAAGUCGAAGAGGAAGAAGUCCAAGAAGACGAAGAAGUCGAAGACAAAGCAGUCGAAGAGAAAGAAGUCCAAGAAGACAAAGAAUCGAAGAGAAAGAAGUCCAAGAAGACAAAGAAGUCGAAGAGGAAGAAGUCCAAGAAGACGAAGAAGUCGAAGACAAAGCAGUCGAAGAGAAAGAAGUCCAAGAAGACAAAGAAGUCGAAGAGGAAGAAGUCCAAGAAGACGAAGAAGUCGAAGACAAAGCAGUCGAAGAGAAAGAAGUCCAAGAAGACAAAGAAGUCGAAGAGGAAGAAGUCCAAGAAGACGAAGAAGUCGAAGACAAAGCAGUCGAAGAGAAAGAAGUCCAAGAAGACAAAGAAGUCGAAGAGGAAGAAGUCCAAGAAGACGAAGAAGUCGAAGACAAAGCAGUCGAAGAGGUCGAAGACAAAGCAGUCGAAGAGGUCGAAGUCAAAGCAGUCGAAGAGAAAGAAGUCCAAGAAGACAAAGAAGUCGAAGAGGAAGAAGUUAAUGAGGAAGAAAUCCAAGAAGACCAAGAAGUCGAAGAAGACAUAG